AUGGUCUGGCGAGUGCCGUCUUUAAAUUUUGAGACACAUUCCAAUGGCUUCACGGCUUCAGCCCCUGAAUUGACAAUCACUUGCACCGGAAAUCGGGUCCUCAACGUUACGAAAGUUUCAAUCCAAAAACGAUCCCAUUGCCCAAAAAUGGAGGCGGCUCGUCGGGAGUUUGGUGACCUGCAACUCGACUCAAAUACGGUCUGGACGUGGGCGGCCGAUCAAUUCCACUUCAUCUUGCCGUUCGAAUUCAGCUUCGCCGUCAUCUUCUCCGAGUUUAUCAACGCGUUCAAGUGGAUCAAGAUAAUCCACGAUAUAAAGCCGAAGCUAUUCACUAAGGAUUCGCCCCUUCCGGCUGAUAUCAAGAUCGAAAUCAAUGAGCUGCGCCUUGAGCUUGAGGAUGAUCCGUUUGAGACGAGCCUGCAGGCCAAUUACGAGCUGAUGGAGGAUGAGGUGUACGAAUGUGAACGACGACGCCAAAUGCUCGCCGAACGGCUGGCCACCGUCAAGAAGUUGAACCCGUUGUUGCCACAAGCAAAAAUCGACGAGCUGUUCGCGAGUCUGCUGGAGAAGAACAGCGCCAUCUACAUCGAGCGCUGGCGGAAGCAGCCGCCGGAGCGACGGCCCCUCUUCGCGUCGGAAUGGCGAAAAUUCCGAAUUCACGCGUUCGCCGACCCGUCGUUCCACGGCACCGAAAGAUGUCAGGCGCUGAUCCAGGAGUUCGACCCGGUUAGCCACUACCCGUCUGACCUGUCCUUUUCAACGCUAUGGGCCCGUGGCUGCGAAUUUGACGUGGAAUCGUGGACGGCACAAUUUCGAGACUACCCUACGCCCUAUUUUCAGGCGACCGACAUGCACUUUUUCGGGACGCUCGUCGGCGCGGAACGAUUGAAGGUG